CAGAGCCGCGGCCCCUGCAGCGCCGCCGCCGCCGCGCCGCCCCGUGCGCGGGGCCCCGCCGGGGCCGCCCGCCCGCCCGCCGCGCAGCAUGCCCCCGCGGGGGGCGGCGGGCUCCUGCCGCCGCCGCCGGCGUCUCUCGCCCCUCAACGAGGACAACGGGCGGUUCCUGCUGCUGGCCGCGCUCAUUGCGGCGUACCUGAGCGCCGGCGCCACCGUCUUCUCGGCCCUCGAGAGCCCGUCGGAGGCGGCGGCGCAGCUGCGCUGGAACCGGACGCUGCACAACUUCAGCCGCAUCUUCAACAUCAGCCUGCCGGAGCUGCGCGCCUUCCUGCGGAGCUACGAGGCGGCCAUGGCCGCGGGCAUCCGCGUGGACGCGCUGCGGCCGCGCUGGGACUUCCCCGGCGCCUUCUACUUCGUGGGCACCGUCGUCUCCACCAUAGGUUUUGGAAUGACUACACCAGCAACCGUGGCUGGAAAAGUAUUCCUCAUUGUUUACGGCCUUUUUGGGUGCGCUGGAACUAUUCUUUUCUUCAACCUCUUCUUGGAGCGUAUUAUCUCUCUCCUGGCUUUUAUCAUGAAGGCUUGCCAUGAGAGACAGCUGCGAAGAAGUGGUCUUCUACCUCCCAAUUUCCGAAGGGGGUCAGCUAUCUCUGGGGUUGGCCUUGUCGGGUGGAAGCCAUCAGUUUAUCAUGUGAUGCUGAUCCUAGGAAUUUUUGCUAUCACACUUUCUUGCUGUGCCUCGGCAAUGUACACAGCAGUGGAAGGAUGGAACUACAUUGACUCCUUGUACUACUGUUUUGUCACCUUUAGCACCAUUGGCUUUGGAGAUUUGGUAAGCAGCCAAAAUGCUGUAUACCAAAAUCAGGGAUUAUACAGAUUCGGAAACUUCAUAUUUAUAUUAAUGGGGGUAUGUUGCAUAUACUCUCUUUUUAAUGUAAUCUCAAUUGUAAUCAAGCAAGUUUUGAACUGGGUGUUGAAAAAAUUCGAAUGCAGAUGUUGCCCAAAGUGCCAUAAAUCAAGUGCCCGCCUUGGACGUCGCAAUGCCAUUACUCCAGGAGCUCGCCUACGCCGACGUAACAUCUCUGUGGAAACUGAUGGACAGUACGACAGCGACACUGAAGGGAGGAGGCUUUCUGGAGAGAUGAUCUCUAUGAGGGAGCUCACGGCAUCGAAUAAAGUCUCUCUGGCCAUUUUGCAAAAGCAGUUGUCUGAGACAGCCAAUGGCUACCCAAGGAACGUUUGCAUCAAUACAAGACAAAAUGGUUUCUCUGCAGGGGUGGGUGCUCUAGCCAUCAUGAACAAUAGAUUGGCAGAAACAAGUGAUUCUAGGUAGAGUUUUUGAAAUUUUGUUCUAUAAGAAAAUGAUGCUUUCUUAUUGUUUCUUUAAUAAAAAUAAAAUGGUGAUUAGGGUGGAAUUAUCACCAUAAACUCCUGGAAAGUUCAGGACUGACCAUUCAAAGACAGACUUGGUAUUCACUGGAUGUUCAGCAGUUUAGUUUCUGGGUUUUUUAAUGAGUCUUCUCUAAUAUGCAGUAACAUCUUAACCAUAAUGUGACAAUUCUCCCCAUAGCGGAUGUUGGGAAAGACAUUGUGCAGAAUUUGAUGCAGUUUUAGACGAAUGGUGUGCAUGGCUAAGAUGGUGUCUAAAACAACAUAUUCUUUUUCAGAAAAUAGCCUGAACCAAACUGUGGGUUAAAGUGCAUUCUGGGCAAGUUCAGUUCCAGAUUCAAGCUUGAGGGUGUAGGGCUGGCUAAACCAGUAUCUCACAGUUUGGUGAAGGGUGGGUCUGGCCCUGAACUUUGUACUUAAUGCUCUUCACCAACGCCUCAUGGCCAGGCCUGUAUAUAACAUACAUGUAGGUGACUGCAACUACACCAUCUUCAGGGGGAUUCUGAUUAUUCAUUUGAUUAAUACUACUGUUUUCAAUGGUAGAAAAUCAAAUUAACUUAAUUCCCCUGACUAUGAAUGAUGUUUUUCAGCCAGUCUUGUCUGAAACACUAGCUGUUACCUGACUCUUAAAAGUCAGGAGUUAUCAGUUAGAACAACCAUGUUAGAACAUGCAAAAUUAUUCCUACCUGCUGAAUAACUGGAAACAGGCGAUUGUCAUCUUCAGUACUGACCUCAUUCAAUGCAAGAGAAGUCAAUAUUCACCUCUGAUGUUUGCAUUGCCACUGAAAUGUAAGUUAAACAGUUUAUUUCGUUAGUUUUACAUGAAAAUAGCCUGCUAAAGUGAAUGUAGGACCUAUUGUCAUAAAUUUGCAUCUUCAGCAAUAUUAUUGCAGAGGUUCAUGCAAAUAUUUUCUUUGCAGUUCUUGAUGGCCCCCAACACAGCACUUGUUUUCAACAAAUCUGAUAGUGAAGUUUACAGGAAAGAGCAUUGCUUCAGAAUUCCCCCGGAAGCCAAUUUCUUCCAAAAUGUUGAUAUUAAAUCAUAAAUUGGUCCAUGGUACUGUGUUAACUUGUAUUUACCCUGUGUUAGCCCAAACUGCUUAAGAAGCAGAAGACAUCUUCAAAUAAAGCUGCUCUAAGUGUCUAGUUUAGUCUGACAAAUGACCGUAGAGGAAUUUCUCCAAAUCUCUUUCAGAAAUAUUUGCAAAGCUCUAGGUCAUUUCUCUGAACUCUCCGUGCUCUGCUAUUCCUUUAAUGCUGUGAAGAUAGUGAAAAGGCUUCAGCUGAUUUCAGCACGAAACACAGUCCAAGCUUGAAAUCUGAGAAACCAUGGUGGCCUAUUCUUGAAAACUGCUUGGCUAAUAAUAGGCAAGGUCAUGACUAUUAGGUUGAUUGCUGAAUAAACUGAAAAAGCUGGAAUACUGGAAAUGUUUGAAAAUAUUUUCAUGAAGUUUCAUACAGGUAUUUUGUUAGCAUGUCUUGCAUGGGUUUGGGGUUGCCACCAUUUUGCUUUUCUUUAAAUUUGUAGGAGUGCAAAAUGUUUUGGAAUUUAACCUUGAAAAACUAACUUUUAAUUUGACAGCCUGAGGUUUUGCACACCUGAGACUGCCAGUUGAAGUGUAACAGCAAUUAUAUCUUUUGUCUAAAGGAAAAGAAAUUGGAGCAGUAGAUAAAACAUCAUGGAAGGAUCUCUAUCAUACUGUAAAUGCAGUCACCACUUUUAUCAAGAUACGUAUGGCAAAAAAUGCUCAGUAAUGUGUGGGUUUUGUAUCUAUGAUACAGAAUCAUAAUUAAGAAUACUCAGAGACAGCAUUCAAGCAGCAUUCAUCUGACAAGAGCUUCCUUUAUGACAGGAAGACCGCCUAAAUAGCAACUGUCUGCAUGUGUGCACUCAGUGUCUCAAAAUCCAUAUUUUAGUAGCCUUCUUCCACAGGUGGUGGAGAAAUAGGUAAAGGUCAAAGUGGUGGUGAUCCUAAAUUAAAGUCCGAUGAAGGUUUAGUUUAAACUGGAUCUAUAGGUCUAGGUCCUGGUCUGUGAAAGACUCGAAAGACUGAAUGCAAAGACUCAGUUCAGGAAGGCUGCUCCAGAUCCACAGGGACUAUCUUCAGAAACAGACAGCAAAGGCAGGGAACUGAAAGAACUAAAGAUUUUCCUUCUCCCCUCCAGGAUUCCCCCAAGGGGUAAAUCUAUUUAUUAUUAUUUAUGAUAAUAAAUUAUUAUUAUUAUUACUGUUAUUAUUAUUAGACAGGCUCCAUCCCAAAGGACUUAGCGUUUAAAUAGAUAGGACUCCAAAACAGAGCAGAAUUACUUCGGUUCAGUAGCUAGGUACUAGGGCUUAUUCAUUUUACUCGUAAAAACAAGUUAAAAUAUGUUAACCUUCUGUGUUCUCAAGAACUAUAUUUUUGUGAUAACAUUUGCAAAAUAAGGGGGUUUAUUUUUUCAGUAAGAUUUUUUAAAGGAUAACUAUUAUAACUAUCCUUCGGGACUUGUUUAAAUAUUUGUAAAUUGUUUUCAAACUACCUAUAUUAUUCCUGCGUGCGAAAUGUGAUGAACUAAUAUGAAACUGUACAUACCUCCGCUGCUAUUUCUGUGCUUUUUCUGAGUCAACACUGAGGCAGACAGAGUCUGCUGUAACAUGAUUUAAAUGUUUCUGAUUCUUCUUGUCUUAAUCUGAUCUGGAUUCUAUACUGGACCCAAGGCAGUACCAUCGCAAGACCCUUUGCAGUUCCUGUUGACUUCAGUAGGAGUUGGAUUGGCUCCCAAAGCUGGGUUCCCCAAGGGAUUUGGGCAUCUGGUUGCUGCUCUAUGCACUUAUGUCUGACAUUUCAUCGCUCCCAAGAUCCUUGAAAAACUCCAUUCUGCUGCUUCUUAACCUCAGAGGUGUGCAAAGAAAGUACAUGCCCAGAUUUCUACCAGUGAAGUCUGCUCAAUGCCACUGUUUCUUGCAGUGCAAAUAUCGCCAAAUGCUGACCCCCCUCAGUGACAUGGACCCCUGUCUUGUACCUAAGCCCAUAAAAAUUCAUGGAGCCAUCUAGCUCAGCAAGCCCAGUUUAUUGGGGGUUUCAGAGCAUGCUACUGAAUUGGGUCCCUCUGGAGAGAUUCUGACAAGGAGUGGCCUUACAGAUCCCUCAUACUCAUAUUCGAUAGCCAAAGUAUUUUUCAGGGAUGCAUGAAAACCAACUCCAAAUCCCUAUUUAUCCACCUAAUAGCACGGCCUGGGCAUCUGUCAUCUGUGUGCACGAGUACAUUAGUCGAGAGGAAAUAGGACAUUCUGGGAUCAGUCUUUCUCAGUCCCUCCUACCCUUUCUUUAGCUUUCUUGUGGCAACUUCUCACUGAAUUUGCAAGACUUGGUCACCUAAUUCUUCCUUUUUAUUGCGUUUGGUCCAACUCAGGAUUCCCCAGGGCAGUUGACUUCAUUUGUGAAUUAAACCCUAAACAUGCACCAGUUGCAUCAAAUGCAGUUCCUGAUGGUGUUCCAUUUUCACAGACAAAGCAAAUACCUGGACACAGACUGCAGCACAAGAAAUGCAGAACGAAACUGAAGGAACAGAGUGGGAAAAUGAAAGCACACUGCACUAGAUUGCACUUUCUUUUCAGGUAACCUGGGAGUUAUAUUACAUUCUCAGUAUGUUUUUUUACAAGGUUUUAUUUCUGGACAGCCUUGUAAAACUAAUUUCCAUUAAAAAAAUGCAAAUACCUUAGGAUCAAAAAGUUCAUCCUCCCUGAUACAUUCCCCUCUGCAUCACAGUGCAAACUAGCAGCAGUGACUCCUAGCUGACCCAGACCCAGCCAUCACAGUUGUGUGAUGGGCAGUCAUACAGGCAGCAUAGGAGGGUAACUCAGAUCCUGUGCUCCAAAUUAGUCUAUUGCUGUUUGAGCCUGAGAAGAACAUUCGUGAGCAGCAGAAAGCUACAGUACUUAGGACUUCAUUUGAGCCAGCACCUAAUGAGAUAAAUGACUGCUCAAGCAGGAGCUUGAAGGCAGCAAGAAGGGAGGAAAGACUGUAUUCACCUGACCCAUGCACUAAUAUCUUGCAGAUGAGGAUUAAAAUGUGAGUGCAAAGUAACAAGGGACAAAGACCAAAUUCAACUGAAGUCUUUUCUUUCUCCUGGAGAAAUGCUCAGAAUAGAGCAUUUACCAGCUUCUUGUGAAACCUGUAGUGUUUCCUUGCUUCAGAUGGCUUUAAAAAGUCACUAAAUUUACUUCUUGGUAUUUGUCUUUCCCAUGUGCGUCUCAAACAAAGUUUAGAGUCACACUGACAUAUCAUUAGAUUGGGUUUGUUUUUUUCCCCAUCUGAAAAUACACGUCAAGAUUUGUGCAAAAAAUUCAGAUUGCCUUUUAUUUCCUUAAAAUGUAAAGCACAUCCUUCAGACAAUAUAAAUGUUCAAAUAAGUAAUCUUACUGACCUCAGUAACAAAUGGAAGUUUUUGAAGGACAAGGCUCUGGUUUGCCUCUGUUCCUCUAGAAGACGCAUUUCAUAAGUAACUCCCAUUAAUGGGAAGAAGAAUUACAAAGGUACUUCAGGUGGUAAUUGGGGCAGUGCAGCAGAAGACAAAGUGGAAACAAGAAGGUCUGUUAUAAUGGAUAAUUGUGCCUCUUUGCCAUGUGCAUGCUAACUGAUAACCUAAUUGCCAAUGUUUUGCAGAAAAAUUUAUUGGCGAAAAACAGAAGAGGUAUAAGAAUCAUUUUAAAGUGCUUGGUGAACACCCCAUUGCUAUGCUCUGGUUAUGCAGAGAUGUGUUGUGAUGCCACCUGUCAGUUUAGUAUUAUUGUCCCAGCAGAGCUUGAGGCCUCAAAUUUGGCCUUAAUCUCUUCUCCUUCUCCCUAGGUGUCUGAGUGUGAAAAUUUGGCUAUAUUAGGACCAUUCACAUCUAUUUCAGUCAUCUUUUUGCUUGUUACUGAAAGGAGAACCUAAGCAACAGCAGAGGCCAUAUAGGCAGGCAUAUGGUACAGGUUGGAUAUAAGCCCAAUUGCCUGUAUGGGAUGAAUUUACAAUUAUAUAGAAAUUAUCUGUCGCACUGAGACCAUUCUCACUUUUUUGUGUUUUCAUAACUUUUUAACUUGAAAAAUAUUCAGUCACUAAUUAUUCUGAUGAAGGUUCAGACAUAGUUUAAACAAAGUCAUGCUUUGGGUGAUGUUGAUUGCCAGCAUACAGAAAAUGGAUAUGGCUCCAGUGGCUUCUGUUCUGAUUGGAUUACUCAUGUGCCUUUCCAAUCCAACACACAUUUUCAAUGCUCUAUUUAAAUAAUACAAUUAAUGUUAUGUUACAUAAUGAAUUCAGUUAGGGCCUAUUAAUACUUGACUUACAAAAAUAACUAAUGAAGUGUAAACUGCACAUUUUACAACUAAUAUGCAGUUUAUUUUUUGUGAAUACUUCCACAUUUGAGCUUACAUUCUGAUUUUGUGAAUAUUCAUAUGAGGAAAACAGAAGCAUUAAAUUAUCUAUGGAAAAUGCAUGAAAAUAUGGCCAAUUCUACUGACGCUUGACUCGUAGGAUAUGCAUAUUAACAUAUGCACACUAAAUGGUUCAUUAUGCAUCAAAAAUAGAUUAUGUAGCAAUGGCACAGAGAACAUACUACUUCCAAUCUACAUGGCCACAGUCAGAAGGCAGUUGCCAAUAAAGACCCAUGCCUUUUAUCAUACCCUUCUUAUUUACUAAAUGGUUAACUUCUGCCCUUUAAUUAGAAUAUACCUUUAAGCCAGAAAAAGGUGCCAGUUCCAGAAGUAUUACAUAGCCAAAAAGAGGUUUAGAGUCAAAUCAACACUCGUGUUCUCAGCUCUCAGGAACUGAAAUGGUAUGGUUUUGCUUUGAAGGAGUAGUGGGCAGUAGUGGGCAUGCAGUAUAUAGCAAACUUGCAGCCUUCCUAUCUACUACAUUAAUUCCUUCCUUGGGAAAGGAAAGAUACUGUAAUUAUGGAUACAGUUUAUAGUGGAGUACCCGGAAGUUUAGCAAUUUACUUUGAGAAAGAAAAUACAGACUUUUAUCAAGGUAUAUCAAGAAAGAGGCCUUCUACCAUCUGUUGAUCCCGUUUCAUUUCCAAAGCCUUCAGAUAAUCACACUUCUUGGUUUUUCUGCUGUCUGUAUUAUGAUGCCAUAACACAGUUGUCCCCAAAAGAAUGAAAAGUGUGAGGAAAGGGAAAGACUCGAAAGUAUUUUCCAGCAAAUCCAGCAAAAAACAAAGAUUUAUUUUGCUUUAGAUAGGAGCAUGUGCCUUAUGCCCGUGUCAUAAAACAAUGAGAAAACACCAUAGCCCAUAGUAGCUUGAGCUGCAUCACAGGCUCAUCUACCUCCUAUGGAAUAUUAAGAAAAGUAUUUAGAGGGGUAUGAAGGGAAGAAACAGAGAACACACACUUAUACAUACUGUCUGUGCUUCAUUCAAGAGGUGAACAUUGUCAAGGCCCGAUUUGCAAAUCUAUCACCAGGCAUACUACUAAAAAAGCAGCCACACUGAUAUAUUACAGAGAUGGGCAUUAUUUAGGUGCACUGUAAGCCGAGAUUUCCAUACCCAGGUUCCACCACCAUCCUCGUGCCUCACAAGCCUAGACCGAUCACUAGGAAACCCUGGGCAUGGUGAUUUAGGUGGAUUUUAAAUUGUGCAAGUCUUAGUCCAUGUGUUUUCAGGAUUAGGCCCUACAGCAGCUGAUGCUUUAUCAAGCCUUCUAAGAAAUACAAAUAUGAUAUUCCCAUAAUCUCUUUGUACUUCACAGGCUGAAAGAUUACUUUUUAAAGCCAGUGAGCCAAUGCUUUUACAAUACAGUAAAUAAAUUGAAAAGAAUCACUGAUACUUCUGACACAUGCAAUUCAAACACCAAGUAUUUGCUCGAUGGCUCUCAUUUCCUAGCUUUUACAUUACUGAAUCAAUUUUAUUCCCUGCGAGUAAAGUAUGUCCAGAAAAUUUUUGCUUAUAGUAACAUCUGCAGGCUGUCCAGGCAAUGCAAGACUUCAGUUCUAAUUUUACUGUAAACCUCAGUAUUUGAAAGCACAACAUCUAAAAAAUACUAUUUUUUAAUGGAGAUAUUGUUUAUAUACAAAAAUAAAUAAGGCUAUUGCUUUAUAUAUACAGACACACUCACUUUUAGCUCACUAGAAUACUACCUUGUUGUAGACUUCCUGCAAAAAUUUUAAGCCAAUUUAGAAAGAUUUGAAUGAUAUAAAAACAUAUCUGCUCAAAAGUAUUUCUGUUUAAUUUCAAUUUCUUUUUAAAGGGCACAGCUUGGCAGAAAUCUUUAACUGAAUUAGCAUUAUUAUCUCCCAUUACGAACAUCAGAAGAAUUUUGCUUCUGCAGUUAAUUUACUAUUUUUGGUAUUUAUUUACUUUGCAUUUCAAUAAGUGUGAAUUAAAAAAGGAAUGACCAGUUCUGUGCUGGUUUCUAGCUGGUAUCACUUUCUCCUUUGCAUACAUUGCAAGCUGCUGAAAUAUUGGUCUGACCAGCAAAUGUUCCCCAAUACACUUAGGAGAAACAGCAAAACCAGACACUUUUCUGAAUAUUUUUUGUUAAUUUAAAUUCAAUAUAACUUUUUUUAUGAUGUGAUUGUUGGAAUUAGUAGACUGAAGAUUUUUACUUAACAUUAGUUCAGUGAAUGAUGCUAGAGACAUAGUUUUAUAUAAAGUCACUCCUAUUUUAUUUGCUAUUUUAUCUAACUUGUGCAAAUUUUUAUAAGAAAAUUAGAAGGAUGUAAAUUCCAUUUGGAAAAUGCCUUACAUGAUACAUUCAUUCCUAUGAAUAGAACUUCUAAAGGGAAUAAAAUAGAGAAUACCAAAUAGCUGUAAACACAGUAUAUUUACAAACAUUCAAACCUUGAGUAUUUUUACCUGUUUAGCAACUACCUAAUAAGGGUAUGAUAAUGAAAUUCUAAUUUGGGCAAAAAGACAUAAAUAAUAAAAUACCACUUUCCAUUAACCACUUCUACAAAAAGAUCAGUGCUAAAAAGCUGCCAAAUCAGGCAUAAUUUACUGACUCAUGCUGUACAAAUGUAUUAUUUGUAGACUGGUUCAGCUUCUGGAAGUUUAGACUGGCACUUAGGUUAUUAAAGCAGCUCGACUAGGUGGCUGUGUGCUAACAGGCAAUUUAUGUCCCCCUGCCUCAGCACAUGGUUUGCUGUCACCUCAGGCCACUGCAACAUCUAAAGACCGUCCUCAUCUUCCCCUGCCUCACCUCCAACUCCUGCCCCUGCCCUUGCUUCAGGCCUAGCACUUGUGUAGCCACUGGAUGAAUUAGUUUAAAAGGGCAGCUGAUGAGAAAAAAAAACACAAAAAACCAUGUUUAGUCAGCUCAUUGAACCAGCUUGUUGUAUAGCAAUAAGCUUGACAGACCCAGUGCAAGGGGAAGGAGUUCAUGGCCAGAAACAGCAGCAGGAGCAAGGCUGCCCAUCGCGGUGGCCACACACAGUCAGAGCAGAGCAAAGGCAAUGUACACCUAUACCCUCCUUCACCCUGUCUCUGAAAUGGGAGAAAGGUAACUUGCUUCAAGGUCAUCAUAUGAAAAGUAGUUGAGAAGAAUGAGACAUUUGAUAUUGGCGUUUUCCAUUCUUUGGGGGAAGAAAGCUGAUGCAAUUAAAGGGAAUUUUUAUUCAAAUUGCUAAGAUAUGAAGAACUAGAGAAAGGUGAAAGAAAAGAGACUGAAAUUUUAUUCAGCCAUUAUUGAGAAACACAGCAAAAUACUAUACACGCUGUAGCCUAUUCUAGACUGUUUCUGGCCUGAACCCUGUGUGUUCCUAAAACUGGAAUGUUUUGAGACAGAGCAGUUAUCAGUUCAUUUGACAUUCAGCCUCUGCACCAGAAAAAACAUAAUGCUGGGAUUCUACUUUGUUGGUAAAAUGGAGAGAAAGACUUGUUUUGGCUUUCUCUAUGAUGACAGCACAUACAAAUAUUACAAGAUGAGUCAAUUACGAAGUUUUUCAAUUUAGGAAGUCUGGUUUUAUUUGCUGAGAGGUCUAUGGUCAUCUUUAACAGUAAAAAUGGAAGCCAAUAGACUUAUCAUCAUACAUUUACAAAGAAGUAACAAAGGAAGUGGUGCUCUGAACAGGAAGUAAGGUGCUAAAAUAUAAAAUUGGGCCCCAAACCUCAGUAAUAUGACACAAAAUUACAAUACCAUUACUUUUCAAUGCUUCAGUGCACUCUGUGACAAACCAGACCUAUUUCAUGAGGAGAAGCCUCUACUUCUGGCAGCACUGGGACGGUAAAGACUUACAUUUUCGUCUUCUGUAUGAAAGCAAAAUAUAUUUGGGGACAUAUUUAGUCUGAACAAGACCUACCUGAAUAGGAUGUGUUGGACUGAGGUAACAGUAGUUUUAAGCACUUCUGUGGUUCGGGACCAUGAACACUGGUCCAGUCCCCAGCACAAAAUAGAUCUGCUGCAGGGCUUCUGUAUUUUGCUGGGACAAGCUGAAUGUCAUGGUAACCUGCAGCAGCCUCUUCUGGCCAAGCCUCUCCGGCAGAGGGGCCAGAAGGCAGCGUGGGAUCCAUCUCACCGCCAUCCACUGAUUUGUGGCCAACAAAUGUACUGCCAGUAAACUGGUGCAAAUCAUCAGCAAUGUGGUCAUAUUCCUGGCUUUUUAAUGGGCUAAAAACAUCAUAAAAUAUAGAAAUCAUUUUCUAUUUUAAUGAAUAAAAAGGGUGUUGCCCAUUAUUCACAGCCUACACACAAGAUGUCACGAUUUUCAGUUUUCCUGUGCUGAUCAUUCAGCUCAUUUGACACCUGACCUUCAAUUGCCUUGCUAAUUCUGUCAAAGACCUGCCGGGAUGAUUGCCCAAACAUGUCUUGUUAUCUCUUAAUAGUUUUGGAAAAAAAAGAAAAAAACAAAAAAAAUACAAAAACACCACCCCCAGAUCAAUACAUCAGAAAAGCAAUGUAAUUCUAAAUGAAUGAAACAGUACUAAUCACGCAUGCAAAAGCUCUGAGCAAAGCUUUCCCUGUCCGUAUCAGCCAGCUGCUCUCCUGGCAUUAAGGAAAGCUGUAGUUCAUGAGACGAUAAGCUUGAUGUUUAGGGUGCUGGACAUUGCUCUGGGAACAGCUGCAGCAGCAAAAAUGGUAUUUUCUGAGAAAGAGGAGUUUCUACAGUGGUUUGUACAUUGUUUGGAAAUUUUUCCUCACCAAUAGAUUGAAAGUGGGGUAAGAUGGCAAAUCUUACGCAGGCACAUGCUUAUUAAGAGAAACUUUUAACAGGUAAAUAUGGAUGUUAGCCAGGAAAUAUUGUAACAUCUAAGAAUAAUUUCAGCUGAUCCUUGAUCAGAAAAAACAACAGUUCUCUGGCCAGAAACAGCCCUGGCAGUUCCAGGUGUCCAAUUAUCAGUCUUUGUUUCCAGACAAGUGAAACUUUGGAAACCUGCCCAUUUAUUAACUUCCCCCUCAACAAGCCAUUCACUUGCUCUUAGCAAAAUUCACCUUUCAGAAAAACCUCUCUCAUGUGGACCUCGUGAGGGCUGGAGUCUUAUAAAAGCUUCAUGCACUUCCAUCCCUCAGAGCUCAAAUUCGAACAAUUUUCUAACUGCAAAAGUGACAUAACUGGCUAAUGUAGAGAAACAGCUGAAGGCUCUCCUAAAACAGUAGUAAUUCCCUUUAGGUUGUGAUGAAACCCAGCAGUCUGUUGAAAUCUGGAAAAAUGCAAAGUGGGAUAUGAAAACGCCUGCCUGCAAGGAUGGUACCUAGAGGUUUCAGGGCUGCCCUUCCAACCUGGCCUUUCUGCAGGUAUCACUUGUUUCUCCUGGGGGAGAAGCAAACAAACUUUCUCCUUCACCUUACCCAGCACUUGAACAUAAUUCUAAAGAGAUGUAUGAUAUAGAAAUUACAUGAUUAAGUAGAAAGAGCUGAUAGGUUCUAGGAAGCAAAAGCUGCUUUCAGAUGAACUUGUCCGAAUCUGGAAUAACUUUGAUGAAUUCCAGAUAAUAAAUACACUAAUUAAAUAGACAUAAUUAUUUUUAAAUGUCUGCUAGGAGUCAAAAAGAGGUGUGCGAAUUUCCCAGCACAACUUCAGUUGCGUGUACUGAGCCAAGAGGUGAAAUGAAAAAAUAUCAAUUGCUGUAAAUCGUUGAUUAGAAAGUAUACAUUUUUUUCUCUUCCAGAGGAUGCUUCCUAGCGAAACAUUACACUGAAAUAAAUUUCAAGAUUUAAAUCUAUUUAAACUAGUAACAUUUUAAAACAUGAUUUAGUUCUGGGUUGACAGGAACUUUGCCUCUAAUACCUACAAUAAUUGUGUUUGCUUUUUGACUAAUCAGUAUUUUUGAUGUCAACUCAGGAUUUUUCCACUAUAAAAUCUUUGAAUGAAGAGGACUAAAAGCCAUAUAUAUUAAGCUAAUUAAGUAUGGAUCACAUUUCUACUGGUAUGAUAUAUACAGUUUGCAAACAAAAAUCCAUGUAUAUUUUCAGUUUCACAUCCCUUUAUUCACAGAAGUAUGUUUAAUGGAGCUAGGAGGCAGAAUCAGACCAUCAACAGAUAUAUUGCAAAGUGAUGCAAAGACACUGACGGAAAAUAUGUUACUGAUAGUUCAUAAGUAAAUAGAAGAACCUGCUGAUUAUAUUCAGUGAACACUCCUGUGUAUUUUUAAUGAUGUGAUGUAUGACUGCUAAUGAAUUCUGUACACUUGAAAGGAUAUCAAAUUCUAAAUGGCAUUUGCAUUGUUGCAAUUAAGCUAUUACAAAGACUUUUGAAAUAAACAGAAAAAGUGUUGCCUGGAA